AUGCCGUUUCCCCACCUAAAACGAUCGACUUCUUCUUCUUCGAGCGUUACUUUGGGCAACAGAGAAACGACCGCCACCGAUAAUGGCCGCCCAGUAGGGUACAAGUUGGACAGUGGAGGUGAUUGGAACGACAACCGACGAGAGGUUACUUCUCCCAUUCCUCUGGACGGCCAGGUCGAGGAAACAACCAAUCCAAGCGUUGGACCCGAGGAAUCAGCAACUAGCCUGCCUAAACGCAAACGCACGUUUCUGGAACGAUGGAACAGGGAAGGGAAGAAGAAAGUGGGCGUUCGAGAGAGUUUGAUGGCAGUUGUGCGCUCGUCCUGGCUGAACCUCUUACUGAUACUCAUACCCGUGUCAUGGGUUUCACACUUUCUGAAAUGGUCAAAGAUAUUAACAUUUUCAUUGUCCUUUGUGGCCAUCCUUCCUUUGGCCAAGAUGUUCGAGUUUGGCGCCGAACAAAUGAAGUUCUACCUGGGAAAGGACUUUGGUGACCUCCUCAGCGUUACUUUGCACAACGCCGUGGAAGCCACGCUUGCAAUCAUUCUGCUCCUUCACUGCGAGCUCGCCCUUCUCAAAGCAACCAUCAUCGGUGUAGUUAUACUUCACCUUUUGCUCGUCCCAGGAUUCGCCUUCAUCGUCGGGGGAACACGCGUCGUAAACCAAGACUUACACCCUCAUUUGACGGAAUUAAAUCAUUCCUUACUGGCGGUCGGUGUCCUGAGCCUCAUGUUGCCCGCUGCAUUCUUUGCAGCUCUUGACGACAUCGAGAUUGACGACCCACUUCGAGACAGUUUUCUCAAUCUCAGUCGUGGAGUCUCAUUUUGCUUGUUAUUCGUUUAUGUCUGUUCAAGAAUUUACCUCCACUACCCACCUGGAGACGACUCGGACAGCUCCCGGAGAGUACCUGAAGUUCCACAAGAUUUUAAGAAAUAUGAACAAAAGUUGGACAAAGAGGACCCCAAGGUCAACCCAUACAUUUGCAUCACAAUGCUGCUUAUUUGUAUUGGUCUUAUGGCUGUGACAGCUGAAUGGCUCGUCAAAGCGCUGGAGGACGUGAAGAAGGAUAUCAACGUCGAGCUCGGAUGGUUUGGCUUGAUCCUCCUACCCAUCGUCUCAUACAUUCCCAACGGCGCAAUCGCCAUUGCCUACGGAGUCCGCAAGUCUAUCCGCGUCUAUCUUGGCCUCGCUGCCCCAAUUCCCCCCACGACAUUGGCAAAAGGGAAGGCCAUCGACCUCAGCAUCCAGUUCACACUAUUCUGGACUCCUUUCCUGGUCCUGCUCGGCUGGAUGGUAGGAACGCCCAUGACCCUCCUGUUCGACCUCUUUGAGAUAGCCGUCCUAGUGGGGUCUUGCUUCAUCGUUAAUUAUGUCACAGCGGACGCAAAGACGAAUUGGGCGGAGGGAGCGACGAUGGUGUCUUUCUAUGUCAUAAUCGUCAUCUGUUCCUGGUACUACCCAGGUUCCCGAGAAUCCGAAAUCAUGUCCGCCUGCGACCCAAUAUCCAUUUCGCUCCAGAAACUUGCAGAUGUUGCCUCUGGACUCGACCCGUAG